AUAGCUCAAAUGCAAUUGUGAAUCAAAAAGUGUGCAUGUGCAAUAUAGAAAAAUUAAGAUGCCACUAUUUAAUGAAAAAUAGCAGAUAAUUAUACUAGGCUAGACAAGUCGACCAGGCUGCUGUUACACAAGAGAAAGGCCUGGCGUUCGCUUGAUAUUUAAAUGGAAGUGGGUGGACCAUGGUGUAGACAGUCGCAACUUCGAUGUGGACAUACUUCAACGAUGAUUAUUCUUUUUACUGGGAUGAAAAUUCACCUGCACGACUCCGUUCAGCCAGCGUCUGAGAGGAACUGAAAGUGACGAGUCCGGACAUAUUUUGUGUAACGUUACUGUUAUAUACUGGCGUACAGAUUGUGCUUGGCAUUUGGUACCGCCCUUCCUGACGGGUGGGUCUUUCGUCAGAGCCAGAGAGAGACAGCGGUCGGAGGAGCUACGCCACAGCCUAGCAGUAGCCAUUCGUGGAAAAAUAGGCCGUCCUUCUCCGGGCUUCAGCCUGCCUCUGCCUCCAUAGCGUCCGGCCUUUUUUUUCUUAAACAACUCCUCUCCGGUUUAUUAAUGCGGGAUGAGUGAUCUGAAGAAGGAAGCUAUGGCAACAGAUGGAGGCAAAUCAGGAGGAGGUGACAAGGGCAAAACUUCAGGAUCACAGGACGCGCAGCCAUCUCCACUCGCGCUGCUAGCGGCCACAUGCAGUAAGAUAGGGGGCGUGACCGGAGAGGGUCAGGCGGGAGUACCGCAGCAGAUCAUCAUUGACCCGAGCCAGGGCCUCAUGCAGCUUCAGAACCCGACACAACAACUGGAGCUCGUUCCAGCGCAAUUCACCGGCAAUGGCUGGCAGAUUAUCACCGCGUCCGCUCCCACCACUGUUACCAAGGACAGCCUGACGCAAGCCGGGGUGACUUUCGCCACAGCUAUGUCCAGCGACGGUGCCUCUGGACGCAAACUUAAGGUGAUUGGCGCUAACAGUGUGCCUGCUGGACAACAGCAGCUGCAGCAGCAGCAGCAACAGCAGUUUCAGAUCAUCCAGGUCCAAAACAUGCCCAAUUCCACAGGCGGCAUCCAGUACCAGGUAAUACCGCACAUCCAGACUGCGGACGGCCAGCAGAUCCAAAUAAAUCCCACCAGUGCCACAUCAUUAAGCGUACAGCCCGAGCAAAUACAGCUGAUCUCGGCUGGCAACAACCAGGCAAUCCUAGCCACGCCUCAGCGGACAGGCGGCGCCAACCUUGUCACCCAGAACCUAGCCAAUCAGAUCCCCCUGCAGAUUCGUCCCUCCUUCCCUCUCCAGCUGCAGACUAUCCAAGGUGCCCAGACCCCUAUGGUGACUACGGUGCCCAUAAACAUCGGCGGCAUGACCCUCGCCCUGCCCGUCAUCAACAACAUGGCAGGGGGCGGGGCCACCGUCCAGCUGGUGCAGUCCGCCGACGGCAGCAUCUCCAACGGCGGCUUGAUCUCCGUGUGCAGCGGCGCGCCGGAAUCUUCCGGCAUCGUCACCACCACCACCACCACUGCCGCCGCCGCGACCGACGUGACCGCUGUGGACUGCACCACGCUGACCAGCGGAGCCCCAACGCUGUCGGACGGCGACGGUGCUGAGAAGGACGCGCAGCAGACCCAGCAGGCCGAAGCGGACAGUCAGAACCCCCCCACCAGCAGCAUCGCCGGCGUGGUCCAGGUCCAGACCAACGGCCUCCAGCCAGCAGCGGGCCAGGACCAGACGGGUCAGCAGCAGCAGAUCCAGCAGCAGAUCCAGCAGUUCCACAUCGUGGGCCACCCGGUCCUGCAGCAAAUCCAGAUCCAGCAGCCCCAGCAGCAGCAGCAGCUGGUACCGGGCUCCAUCCAGCUGCAGCCGGGCCAGACCCUACAGCCGGUCCAGCAGAACCUGCAGCUGCAGGCCUUCCAGAACCCCACGGCGCAGGUUCUGAUCCGGGCGCCCACGCUCUCGCCCACCGGGCAGAUCCAGUGGCAGACGGUGCAGGUGCAGAACGCGGCGAUGCCGCAGCAGCUCACGCUGGCGCCCGUGUCCUCAGGGGGGAACCCCGCCUGGGGAGGGCCGGGCGGCACGCCCAUCACCCUCAACGCCGCGCAGCUGGCGUCGGGGACUGGUGUGCAGACGGUCAACAUCGCUGGGCUCGGGGCGGCAGGGGUGCAGGUGCAAGGAGUGCCCCUGACCAUCACCGGAGUACAAGGUCAACAACAGGGUCAGGAGGGGGUCAAAGGUCAGCCGGCCUCUGUGACGGUCACCGUGGGCAACAUUGGGAGCACGGCGCUGAGCGCGGUCAGUCCGGAGCAGAUGGGCCAAGUGCAGAGCCCGUCAGACCAGGAGGGGCAGCCCAGCAAGAGGCUACGCAGAGUCGCCUGCUCCUGCCCCAACUGCAGGGAUGGAGAGGGCAGGAACAACAGUGACCCGUCUAAGAAGAAGCAGCACGUGUGCCACAUGGAAGGCUGUGGGAAGGUGUACGGCAAGACGUCGCAUCUGCGAGCUCACCUGCGCUGGCACACGGGCGAGCGUCCUUUCGUCUGCAACUGGAUCUUCUGCGGCAAGCGCUUCACCCGCAGUGACGAGCUGCAGCGGCACCGACGCACACACACAGGUGAGAAGAGGUUUGAGUGUCCGGAAUGUUCAAAGCGGUUCAUGAGAAGCGACCACCUGUCCAAGCACAUCAAGACCCACCAGAACAAGAAGGGCGGCGCCGCGCUGGCCAUCAUCACCACAGAGGACAUGGAGGACACGGGUGAUGACGAGGUCCUCGGCUCGCCCAGGAUGGUUACCGUGGCGUCCCUCUCCCAGGACUCCAACCCGGCCACGCCCACAACCUCCAACAACAUGGAGGAGGAGUUUGAGUAGCCCACACCCUUAUUUUGUUUUUAUUGUUAUUUGUUUUUAUUGUUAUUUUGUUAUUUUUCCUCACUUGGCACCAACACUUUCAGUGCCGUAUGGAGGUGAGCAGCUAGAGAAGUGCACCAACACUUUUGUCAUUUCUUCUUUGUUGUUUUUAUCUUUUCUUUUUAUUCGCAUUCUUCUAAGAGUCUAAAACUAAUGCAUAUAAUGACAAAAAGAUAGUCUAAAGUAAAAAAUAAAUAUGGCUUUUAAAAGAGAAAUAUAAAAUAAGCUAGCGGUAGCCAGGUGGAGGUGAAGGUUUAUUACUGAAUCAGAGCAGUAGCACAACGCUGUGGCUUUCUCACACCAAUCGCCACCACAGAGAAUCUUGGGAUUAAAAGAGAAUCUAUUUCUAUGCACAAAAAGUAUGUACUUCAGUUAUUCGCAGGUAUGAAUUAUCUAUAUAAUGGGGAGGGCUAGGUGGGUCGGCUGAGAUCCCAGUUACAUAGAGACGCCAGUACGCCAGGCCAGGGCCAAGUUUCUUAUUUAUUUUAUUAUUUUAUUGUUUUGUUUUUUGGG